CCCGGGCUCCCCGCGUCCCAUGGCGCGCUCCUACGGCGGCCGGGCGCUGGCCUCGCUGCUGCCCCUGGGACUGCCGGCCUCCGUGCUGGCCCUGCUGGGCGCGCAGCUGCUGUUCCAGCUGCAGGCCGGGCGCCUCGAGCUGCGGGGGCGGCGCAGGACCCCCGGGCUGGACCCCGAGCUGGGCGCCGGGCCCGGGCUGCCCGAGGACUCGGCCGGGGCGCUGCUGCCGCUGGCCGCCUCGCUGGCUGCGCUCGCCCUGGGGCUCGGCCUCGCCUGCCUGCUGCUCGCCGCCCUGAGCGCACACCUGGCCGCAGAGCUGGCGCGGGGGGCCGGGCCGGGCAGGUCUGACUGGUUCCUGUCUGACUGCCGGGUCCUCAGGCAUGGGGCCCUCGGCCUCUUCUGCUGCGGAGCCUCUGUCUACCUAGCAGCACUGUCCAUCUACGCACUGCUCCUGUUUGAGCUGGAGGCUGGGGCGGCGGUGGCAGCCGUGCUGAUCGCGGGCGCGCUGGGGCUGCUGGCGGUUCUCAGCUUCACCCUCCUCCGAGCUGCCCGAGCCCUGCGCCCCGGCCUCCGCGAGCUGCCCCCACCGCCGCGACCUGAAGAUGACCCUGUCCCUCUGGCUGACGUCUCCAAGCCGCGGAGCCCACCCGAUGAGGAAACAGAAUCCCAAAGAGGGGCUGCCACCCACCACAGGGCCCAUGACCAGUUCUGAGCAUCUGAGCUGGGACUCGCACCCAGGUCCUGGAGCCCCUCCCGUCACGCUGUUGACAGCUGGACUCUGCGACCCUCCUGGGCUCCCAGUGGCGCUGGGUCCAAACACAGGCUGAAGCCCUGCUCCUGGCUGGGCCUGGGCCACUGAGCUUAUUCUCCGCCUCACUUUCCUUGUGGGACACCCCUCCUGUGAGAUCAGUUACAGUGUCCUGGGCCACAGUGGGUUUCUCGGGCCACGGCCUCCACACCUUGUCUUCAACUUGCCUCACGGCACAAAGUGACUGCCAGGGCACCAGCCAUCACCUCCUCCCUGAUUCUGGGAGAGGCCUGGCUGGCCGAGCACCCUUGAAAAAUCUCCCUACCCAGCACCCACACACAGCAGGGCCUCAGAGCGUCUCCACCUGGGUGCCGGGCGACAGUGGGAAGAGAAAGUUGGUGGUGAGUCUGGGGGAUGCUCCUGGGACUGAUGUGCUUGGCACAGGCAACUGGGGGGCCCUGGGGCUUCUCCAGAGACCCCAGCCGCACCUCCAACAAGCUGGGGCCUUUGAGAACCUCAGAGCUCAGUCCCACUUGGUCAGUGACUCCGUGGACUCCCUCCCAGGGUGUGGGAAAGCCAGAGCUCCCAGCACAGGCAAGCUUUCAUCCUGUGUGAGGACCCAGGUUCGAGCCCCUGGCCCCACAGGGCCCCACAGGGCCCCACAGCCUGCAGCUGGUGUCUCUCCUUCCCUCUGUCUCUGAAAAUGAAGAGGAGGAACAGCUGAUUGGGAGCAGUGGGUCCCGCAGGCGCGGGGGCCCAGACUCCCCCAAAGUGUCCAUGUCUCCCCCCCACCAGGGACCCUGCUGUUUAUGGGGGAGAAGAACCUGGAACCACAUCUU